AUGAACCAGAUGGCCACCACGCAGGCGCACUCCCCCACCCCGCCGCACCUGCUGCCCGGCAUGAACCAGCGCAGCCCCAGCCCGCACGCCUCGCCCAACAUGAACCAGGGCGCCUUCCCCUCGCCGGGCCACUCGCGCCAUGCCUCGCUAGACCCCAGCGCCGCCUACGGACAGGCGAACGAGUGGGGCAACAUGGCUGCGUUUCGGGGACACCGACGCACGCCCUCGGAGACGUACAGCGAUGUCUCGUCGGCGCACGCGUCGCCCUACCUGGGCAACCAGGACAGCUUCGACGACGGCAACCCCUCGCCGCUGCUCAAUGCCCAGGACCCCUCGCUUUUCCACGACGUCAUGCAGUUUGGCCAGUUCAACCUCAACGACGCGCAGUCACACAUCAGCCCCGGCCACAGCCCCCACAUCUCCCCGCGACUGAUGCCGCAGCAGCAAGCUCUCCCGCAGUUCCAGCCGGGCACCUUUGGCUUGGACCCCAACCUCCAGAACCAAUACGCGCAGCAGGGCAUGGGCACAUAUCAGGGACAGGAGCCGUUCCCAACCAUCAACCAAGGGGGACCCGGGCCCGAGUUCGGCCAGGCCGACACCAUGUCACCCCCAGAGAUCAACAUCGACUUCGCGCCGCCUUCGCGCCAAGCGAGCUUUGAGCCCCCAAAGCCGGAUCUGCAGACUGAUGCGCUUAGCCCGCCCGAUAGAUCACGCAGCCGAAACAGGAUACGUGCCAAAUCGGACCCCUUUAGCAGUGCGAGCUCCCGCGCCUCGACUCCGGGCCUCGACCCGCUCGAAGCCCAGAGGUCACUCUCGCCGGGUGCCGCAAAAGGCUCCCGCUCCCCCUCACCUGGUUCUACCAAAUCUUCCCGUCGUUCCUCUACCUCUAGUGUGCCUCACCGUGACUACAUCCUUGACCUCGCCGACCCGUCCCGGCCUUCGGGUGCGCCUGAUGGCUCGAAUACGAAGCGGACACAGAAACACCCCGCAACCUUCCAAUGCACUCUCUGCCCCAAACGCUUCACACGUGCCUACAAUCUCCGAUCACAUCUGCGCACCCACACCGACGAACGACCGUUCGUCUGCAGUGUCUGCGGCAAAGCAUUCGCUCGCCAGCACGACCGUAAGCGUCACGAAGGUCUUCAUUCUGGAGAGAAGAAGUUCAUUUGCCGUGGUAACCUGAAGGAUGGCAACAACUGGGGUUGCGGCAGGAGGUUCGCUCGCGCGGAUGCUCUCGGCCGACAUUUCCGUUCAGAAGCCGGUCGCGUGUGCAUACGUCCGCUCCUCGAGGAGGAAGCCCAGGAGAAGGGCCACUGGGACGGCCAAAACCAGCCCAUGGACAAUUCCAACGGCAUGUUUGCCCCCAUGCCCCAGCAAGGCUACCCAGGCAUGAUGGCGCCGCAGCCAGGUUACGAGGCCUUCCCUUCUGUCAGCGGCGGCCUCGAGCCCGGCACCGUCCCGCAGUACGGUCUGCCCGCCGCGCUUCUAGCCCAGUACCCCGCACUCGCGGGCUUGAACUGGAAUGAGCUGCCCGCCGGUGCGCCCGACGACGUCGAAGGCGACAUCAGCGGGAGGAGCAGCUUCGAUGCCAGCAGCGGAGGCGAGAUGUUCGAUGACGAUGGCGAGUCGUAUCCCGCGCAGCAGUACGGGUGGGCGAGCGACUACGAGACCAACGCCCGGUAG